AUGAACGGACCGGGCCGGGAAGUACUGGGUGAACGGCAGUACCAGGCUCCCAGGGAAGUACUGGAUGAACGGCAGUACCAGGCUCCCAGGGAAGUACUUGGUGAACGGCAGUACCAGGCUCCCAGGGAAGUACUGGGUGAACGGCAGUACCAGGCUCCCAGGGAAGUACUAGAUGAACGGCAGGACCAGGCUCCCAGGGAAGUACUAGAUGAACGGCAGUACCAGGCUCCCAGGGAAGUACUUGGUGAACGGCAGUACCAGGCUCCCAGGGAAGUACUUGGUGAACGGCAGUACCAGGCUCCCAGGGAAGUACUUGGUGAACGGCAGUACCAGGCUCCCAGGGAAGUACUAGAUGAACGGCAGUACCAGGCUCCCAGGGAAGUACUGGAUGAACGGCAGUACCAGGCUCCCAGGGAAGUACUAGAUGAACGGCAGUACCAGGCUCCCAGGGAAGUACUUGGUGAACGGCAGGACCAGGCUCCCAGGGAAGUACUGGAUGAACGGCAGGACCAGGCUCCCAGGGAAGUACUAGAUGAACGGCAGUACCAGGCUCCCAGGGAAGUACUGGGUGAACGGCAGUACCAGGCUCCCAGGGAAGUACUAGAUGAACGGCAGUACCAGGCUCCCAGGGAAGUACUGGGUGAACGGCAGUACCAGGCUCCCAGGGAAGUACUAGAUGAACGGCAGUACCAGGCUCCCAGGGAAGUACUGGGUGAACGGCAGUACCAGGCUCCCAGGGAAGUACUGGGUGAACGGCAGUACCAGGCUCCCAGGGAAGUACUGGGUGAACGGCAGUACCAGGCUCCCAGGGAAGUACUGGGUGAACGGCAGUACCAGGCUCCCAGGGAAGUACUGGGAAAUAAACAUGGAACAGGAAAUAUUAUCAAUAUUUCCUGUUAA